GGAGGUGGAUGCAUGGAGGCAGAUGGAUGUACACGUCUAGAGUCUAAAGGGAGAUCUGAGGCGGAGAUAUGAACUUGGGAAAUGUCAGUUCGGUUCCAGGUUCCAAUUCAACGUACUUUUAUCAGAGUUCACUGCGCGCCAGGGACUUGCUAGGGGCUGAAGGUCCGGAGAUAAAUUGGGUUGCACAGCAGACGGACACACCAGCCAACGUAGUAAACCCUUGGGUCCGGCUACGCUCUGGGCGCACUCUGCCAGCACAGAGGAGCAGCGAGUCAGGGUGCAGAGCGGGUAGCGCUGGGGAAGAGGCGGCCGCGGAGCGAGACAGGCUGGCGGAACGGAAAACGGAAGCACGGGGCGGGGGCGUGACGCAACGGGCACAUCACAAAGAGCGCCGAGAGGGCGGUGGCGCCGGGGGCACGGCUUGGCGGCUCCGCCCAGAAGAGGGCCGAGAGGCGGGGCGGCGCCCCCACCGCGGGCCCGCGGCGCCCUCUGCAGGCCCCAGGCAGCGACUUAACAGUUGCCUCAUCUUUCCUCUCCUCCCUCAUGCUGCUUUCCUCAGGCCACAUUUUUUGUGUGUGUGGGUAGUGUUCCCUAGUCUCUCAGCCUCCGACUCCCGUCCCUUUCCUCCACUUCCAGGCCAGGCGUGUUAGUGUCUUCGUGGGAAAACUGCCAAUAAAGUUUUUCCUCUUCUCGCUCCCAGGAUCCCCGCUUUUCUUCAAGCACCGCGAGAUCUGACUGUGCGGCUACCAUGGCGGCGGCGUUUGAAGACCUGGGAGCCGUAGCGGCAGUGGCGACUGCUAUGCCAGCUGAGCAUGUGGCCGUGCAUGUCCCGGCCCCAGAGCCAACACCUGGGCCUAUGAAGAGCCUGCGCACCGCUCAGGAUCUCAGCAGCCCGCGGACCCGCACGGGGGACGUGCUGUUGGCGGAGCCGGCAGACUUCGAGUCACUGCUGCUUUCGCGGUCGGUGCUGGAGGGGCUGCGGGCGGCCGGCUUCGAGAGGCCCUCGCCGGUGCAGCUCAAGGCCAUCCCGCUGGGGCGCUGCGGGCUCGAUUUAAUUGUUCAAGCUAAAUCUGGCACUGGGAAAACCUGUGUGUUCUCCACCAUAGCUUUGGACUCUCUUGUUCUUGAAAACUUAAGUACCCAGAUUUUGAUCUUGGCCCCUACGAGAGAAAUUGCUGUACAGAUACAUUCUGUUAUUACAGCCAUUGGAAUCAAAAUGGAAGGCUUAGAGUGUCAUGUCUUUAUUGGAGGGACCCCAUUAUCACAAGACAAAACCAGACUUAAAAAGUGUCAUAUUGCUGUUGGAUCUCCUGGCAGAAUUAAGCAACUCAUAGAACUUGACUACUUGAACCCAGGCAGUAUACGCCUCUUUAUUCUUGAUGAAGCAGAUAAGCUUUUAGAAGAAGGCAGCUUCCAGGAGCAAAUAAAUUGGAUUUAUUCUUCCUUGCCUGCCAGUAAACAGAUGCUGGCAGUAUCAGCUACUUACCCUGAAUUUUUGGCUAAUGCUUUGACAAAGUACAUGAGAGAUCCCACUUUUGUAAGACUGAAUUCCAGUGAUCCAAGUCUCAUAGGUUUGAAGCAGUAUUACAAAAUUGUCAAUUCAUACCCUUUGGCACAUAAGGUUUUUGAGGAAAAGACUCAGCAUUUACAGGAACUGUUCAGCAGAAUUCCAUUUAAUCAAGCUUUAGUCUUUUCUAAUUUGCACAGCAGAGCACAACAUUUGGCUGAUAUCCUUUCUUCUAAAGGCUUUCCUGCUGAGUGCAUUUCAGGCAAUAUGAAUCAGAAUCAGCGUCUUGAUGCUAUGGCUAAACUGAAGCAGUUCCAUUGCAGAGUCCUCAUUUCCACAGAUUUGACUUCUCGUGGGAUUGAUGCUGAGAAGGUGAAUCUGGUUGUAAAUCUGGAUGUACCAUUGGAUUGGGAGACAUACAUGCAUCGGAUUGGGAGAGCUGGCCGUUUUGGUACAUUGGGACUGACAGUGACCUACUGUUGCCGGGGAGAGGAAGAAAAUAUGAUGAUGAGAAUUGCCCAGAAAUGUAAUAUCAACCUUCUCCCUUUACCAGAUCCCAUUCCUUCUGGUCUGAUGGAAGAAUGUGUGGAUUGGGAUGUGGAGGUUAAAGCUGCUGUGCAUACAUAUGGCAUAGCAAGUGUACCUAACCAACCCCUAAAAAAGCAAAUUCAGAAAAUAGAGAGAACUCUGCAAAUUCAGAAAGCUCAUGGUGACCACAUGGCGUCCUCUAGAAAUACUUCUGUAUCUGGACUAUCAGUCAAGUCAAAAAAUAAUACCAAACAAAAGCUUCCUCUGAAAAGCCACUCCGAGUGUGGAAUCAUAGAAAAAGCAAUGCCACCAAAAGAAGUGGGCUGUGACAGGCAAUCUGAAGAGCAAAAAAUGAAGAAUUCUGUUCAGACCCCCGUUGAAAACUCCACCAACAGUCAGCACCAGGUCAAAGAAGCUUUACCUGUGUCACUCCCCCAAAUUCCUUGUCUGUCUUCCUUUAAAAUCCAUCAGCCAUACACAUUGACUUUUGCUGAAUUGGUAGAGGAUUAUGAACAUUAUAUUAAAGAGGGGUUAGAGAAACCUGUGGAAAUCAUCAGGCACUACACAGGUCCUGGGGAUCAGACUGUGAAUCCUCAAAAUGGUUUUGUGAGAAAUAAAGUUACUGAACAGAGAGUCCCCGUAUUGGCAAGUAGUAGCCAAUCUGGAGACUCUGAGAGUGACAGUGAUUCUUACAGCUCAAGAACCUCUUCCCAGAGCAAAGGAAAUAAGUCAUACUUGGAAGGCUCUUCUGAUAAUCAGCUGAAAGACUCUGAAUCUACUCCUGUGGAUGAUCAUAUUUCUUUGGAACAACCUCCAAAUGGAAGUGACACCCCCAAUCCAGAGGAAUAUCAAGAAUCAUCUGGAAUCCAGAUCAAGACAAGACAUAAAGAGGGGGCUAGCCAGAGAGCUAAGCAGAGCCGGAGAAACCUACCUAGGCGGUCUUCCUUUAGAUUGCAGACUGAAGCCCAGGAAGAUGGUUGGUAUGACUGUCAUAGGGAAACACAUCUGAGUUUUUCUGAUACCUAUCAGGAUUAUGAGGAGUACUGGAGAGCUUACUACAGGGCAUGGCAAGAAUAUUAUGCUGCUGCUUCUCAUUCAUAUUAUUGGAAUGCUCAGAGACAUCCAAAUUGGAUGGCAGCUUAUCACAUGAAUACCAUUUAUCUACAAGAAAUGUUGCAUGGUAACCAGCGAUUGUAGAUAUACCUGAGACCAUCAGGAACUGUCAACAGAUGAUACCUUUGGAUAUCCAUCCUCCUUGACUUAUAGUACAGUGGUGUAUAAUGGCAUUUCUGAUCAACUUGAAAGGACUUGAGGCUUUCCACUGGGACACAUCCAUUUUUCAGAUUGUUUUGAUUUAGGCCAGGUAUAUUAUCUUCAUUUUUAAGAGUUUCUUUAAGAAACUUCAUCAGAUUCUUGAAAGAUAAUUUUUGGGACAUAGAGCUGAAAGUUUCAGGGUGCCAUUUUCUAUAAGAUCUUCCCAAAAGAAACAUUUAAAAAGAUGACAUAUAUACCAGUGCUUACUUAAACACAAUAAAAACAGUAGAUUUGAGCAGUAAUGUUA